AUGUGGAGAUUAGAGAAAGACGUUCACACAUUAAUCUGGAAGGAAAUGAAAAGAAAAGGAGCGGAUUCAGAGAAGAACAUAUUACAAAUGCUCAUUCAGGGAGCAAAGAACAGUGAUUUAAGCCAAGAUGAAGUAGACAACUUCGUUGUCGAUAACUGCAAGAACAUAUGCUUUCCGGCCUAUGAAAAUGGCGCUGUUCCGGCAAUCUGGACCUUGAUGUUAUUAGCCCUGUAUCCGGAGUGGCAAGACAAAGUUCGGGCGGAGGUUCUCGAAAUUUUCGACGGCCAAUCGUCAACCUCCGCCAUGCUUAACAAGUUGAAAACAGUAAGUGUCAAACCAUUUGCACAUAUAUCUUCGUAUUCGUUUGACACUUUUAUAAUUAUUAGAAACUUACGGCAGCUAACGAUGGUGAUCUACGAGUCAUUGCGGCUUUACCCUCUCGGCUGCAUGCUUACUCGGGAGGCGGUUCUAGACACGAGAUUCGGAGGCGUCGAUGUGCCUAAAGGAGUUAGUAUUUGGGUGAUGAUGAUGGCACUUUACGAAGACCCCAAUAUUUGGGGACCUGAUGUCCAUAAAUUCAACCCCGAAAGGUUUGGGAAUGGAAUCAAUGGAGCAUGUAAGCCUCCAUAUGUGUACAUACCCUUUGGAACUGGGCCUCGUUCAUGUUUGGGACAGCAUUUUGCCAUGGCAGAAAUCAAGAUACUUAUUAGUCUUUUAGUGUCAAACUUCACCUUUUCUCUCUCACCAAAGUAUAGACAUUCUCCGGUUAUGAAUUUAAUUAUUGAGCCUGAAUUUGGUGUAGAUCUCCUUGUUCGGAAGGUUUGA